CUGGGGAUUUCCACUCUCGUUCUUUUGAGCAGAGACGGGAUCGAUUUUCAUCCGUGUGUCCACCGAAGUUGGAUGUUCGUUCGACGUCUCCGGUUGCGUGAGCACUUGGAGAGACUUCCUGCAGGGAAAUGUGACCUGUUUAUUUGCUGCCCCUCUCGUAUGCGAGGCCUCUACAUUCGAUUGUCUUAUCUAAAAGGCCUGUUAUCGGAGAACAAAAAAGAGAGAGUGUGGUAAGAUGGUUUCUAUGAGGCAUUCAGUCCCUUUUCAGCUCCGUGAUCACGGGAUUAUAGGAUGAAAGUUCCCGAAGGCUUCAAGUCCGGUUGGGGACUCCAAAUCCACGAUCCAUCCGUCUUUUCCAGAUCUCAGUGGGAUGGGGGUCACCAGGCCUCCCUCACCUAUCUGGUGUUCCGGCUCCUAUUGGCAGGCUAUUUCAUCGCCACUGAGAUUUACUUCAUCUACUACAUUACUCCGAGUUUUUUCUUCAUUUACCUCACGGACCUGGCUUAUACUCUCCUGGUCAUCGAUGCCUGCCUUCAUGCUUACAAUGCCUACAAGAUGGAACCGAAACAGAGGGCAGUGUACCAGGUGACCUGGGUCUUCAUGUCCAUCGCAUAUUCUGUGGGGAUACUCGUCACCAUUUUCUACUGGAUCUUCUUGUUCGGAGAAGAAUCGGAAUUUCCGCUGGGAUUCGACAUACAAAUGCACGUCCUUAACUCCCUCUACAUCGUCGUGAGUGCGGCGACAAUGGCAGCGCCGAUUCAACUCAAGCAUAUGUAUCAACCAGUUCUGUUUAUGUUCCUCUACGCCGUCUUCAGCAUUAUUUACUGGGUCGCCGGUGGCGUGGAUGAGCAUGGAAGUCCCUACAUCUAUCCCUUUCUUUAUUGGCUCCACUUCGGAACGGCCUUGAAAUAUUCCGCGAUCGCCACCGUUGGUAUGAUCUUAGCCCAUCUCAUCGUCUGGGGCAUCUGCAAACUUCGUUGCCGAAUCGCGCACAGUGUUAUCGGUCGCAUCUACCGAGUCCACUCUGUCAUCGUCUAGUCCCUCCAGUGCAAACCGGCCUUGAAUCUCUUC